UUCCAGCCAAUGUCAUCGACUAAUUAGGAUUUCUCCAGCCCCCACCGACCCAGAUGCUCAUGCCCUAGUCUCCCUCUCGGCCUCUCCCACUCCCAGCCCUCCCCCGAUUUCGGAAUCCGGAUCCGGCGUCCGACGAUCCCCUUCCGGCCUUCCCCGACUUGCUACGGCACAGCUCUGCCCUAGUUCCCUCUCCAGCUCUGCCGGUCUGCCCGACUGCCCCCAUUGCCUUCGAACUUCGAAGGCUUGAAGGCUGAAGCCCCAGCCCCGCCGCGCUCCGCCUCCCUUCGCCCGCACGCCGCGCCGCCGGCCGUGAAGCCCGACUCCACAGACAGCACCACCGAAACCCCCCCUCCAAACCCUUCAAGGCUUCAGAUAGCCACAGAUUUCGUGAUGAUGAUAGCCUUCGCAGAGCGGGAUCGCAGGAAGCAGCACUCGGAUGAUGAUAGAAGCCCUCGAAGGCGAGAGAAGACCGCAGAUAAUGACCGCGGAGCACGACAUAGAAGACAUAGAGAUAGAGAUAUGGAAGAAGGCCAUCCAAGAGAGGAAGAAACCAAGAAAGUUGAAAACGAGCUGCCACCGCCACCACCGAUGCCUGAUUCCAAUGCGGGAAGGACUGGUGGUGUAUACAUCCCUCCGUUCAGGAUGGCACAGAUGAUGCGGGAGGUACAGGACAAGAGCAGCGAGGCCUACCAGAGACUCAGCUGGGAUGCUCUUCGGAAGAGCAUUAAUGGACUCGUGAACAAAGUCAAUGCCAUCAACAUCAAGAAUAUAAUCCCCGAGCUUUUCUCAGAAAACUUAAUCCGCGGGCGGGGCCUGUUCUGCCGGUCAUGUAUGAAAUCACAGAUGGCGUCACCUGGAUUUACAGAUGUAUUUGCUGCGUUAGUUGCUGUUGUGAAUACCAAGUUCCCAGAAGUGGGUUUACUUCUAUUAAAAAGAAUCGUGUUACAACUCAAAAGGGCAUAUAAACGGAAUGACAAGCCUCAAUUACUCGCUGCAACAAAAUUUAUAGCUCAUCUUGUGAAUCAACAAGUAGCCCAUGAGAUUAUUGCAUUAGAGCUUCUAACGGUGUUGUUGGAAAACCCCACUGAUGAUAGUGUAGAGGUGGCUGUAGGUUUUGUUAAAGAAUGUGGAGCAUUGCUUCAAGAUUUCUCCCCUCAAGGUCUCCAUGGUAUUUUUGAACGUUUUAGGGGAAUACUUCAUGAAGGAGAGAUAGAUAAACGAGUUCAAUUCUUGAUUGAAGGCCUUUUUGCAAUAAGGAAAGCCAAAUUUCAGGGAUUUCCAGCUAUCCGCCCAGAAUUGGAUCUUGUGGAGCAAGAAGAUCAAUUUACCCAUGAAAUAUCCCUGGAAGAUGAAAUAGAUCCAGAGACAAAUCUUGAUGUUUUUAAGCCAAAUCCAAAAUUUCUGGAUGAUGAGAAGGCUUAUGAAAAUAUUAAGGAGAGUGUCCUUGGGAUGGAGUCUUCUGAAGAUGAAGAAGGGUCUGAUGUAGCCUCAGAUGAUGAAGACGAAGAAGAAUCUGAAGAGGAGGAAGCAGAGGAAAUGGAAAUAAAAGAUGAGACGGAGACAAAUCUUGUUAAUUUACGGAGAACUAUUUAUCUCACAAUCAUGUCAAGUGUUGAUUUUGAGGAGGCUGGUCAUAAGCUGUUAAAAAUCAAACUUGAGCCUGGUCAAGAGAUGGAAUUAUGCAUAAUGCUGCUCGAGUGCUGCAGCCAAGAGAGAACAUAUCUUCGUUAUUAUGGGCUUCUAGGACAGCGGUUUUGCAUGAUCAAUAAAGUCCACCAGGAAAACUUUGAGAAAUGCUUUGUGCAACAGUAUUCCAUGAUACAUCGACUUGAAACUAAUAAACUACGUAAUGUGGCUAAGUUCUUCGCUCACUUACUUGGAACCGAUGCACUCCCUUGGCAUGUUCUAGCUUAUAUACGCUUGACGGAGGAGGACACGACUUCAUCUUCUCGAAUUUUUAUAAAAAUUCUCUUCCAGGAAUUGUCAGAACAUCUCGGCAUACGUUUGCUUAAUGAACGUCUAAAUGAUCCGACCAUGCAAGAUUCAUUUGAGUCUAUUUUCCCCAAGGAUAACCCAAAAAACACAAGAUUUGCCAUCAAUUUUUUCACAUCAAUUGGACUAGGUGGCAUUACGGAGAACUUGAGAGAAUAUUUGAAAAAUAUGCCUCGCCUCAUAAUGCAGCAGCAGAAAACUGUGUCAGAUUCAGAUGAAUCUGAAAGUUCUGAAGAGUUGAGUUCAAGUAGCUCUGGCUCUGAAUCAGGUUCUGAGUCGGAGUCGGAACCAAGUUUUGAAAGUAACGGAAGGCACAGUAAGAGAAGGAAGAGGAAAUGAUUAAACAUUCUGAAGCCUUGAGUCCCUUAUGUUGUCCUCGAGUAUAUUUUUGACUUUAGAGGUAUUCAAUGAUCUUGUAAAAAGUAAAUGUUAUUAUUUUGUUAAUUUUUUUGAGGAUUGUGUGUCAAAUGGUGUUAGUUAUGCAUCAUGAAUUUGGUCUGUGUAUUUUGUUCAUUCAAAUUAUUUCUCUUUCAGCAAGUAUUAGGAAUCAAAGUUGAUUACCGGUAAUUGGAGGAAA